GUGACGUUCAGCAUUUUAUAAAAAAAAAGAUUGCGGCAUUUUCAGCUAAUUUUCGCGCUUGCAGAAAAUUUUAUUAUUUCAUUAAUAAUAUAGUGAAUUUGUACAAAAUACGCCGCAAUUCAAUUGAAAUUAGUGUGCGGGAGUUGGCAAUAUAUAAAUAAGUGUGUUUAAGUGCAUAAAAAACGGUAAUCGCGUGGAUUUGUAUUUAAGCUGCUGCUGCAAAAAUGUCCGUACGCGAUCAAAUUAAAAUAGAUAUAGAAUGGGGACACGAACGUUUGGUGCGCUCUCAACAGGUGGUGGAGAUGCGUCCCUACGACAUUGAAUCGUGGUCGGUGUUGCUGCGUGAGGCACAAACGCGGCCUGUGAACGAUGUGCGGAGUUUGUAUGAAUCGUUAGUGAAUGUAUUCCCAACAACAGCACGUUAUUGGAAGAUCUACAUAGAACAAGAGAUGAAAGGCCGAAAUUUUGAACGUGUUGAAAAAUUGUUCCAACGUUCGUUGGUAAAAAUUUUAAAUAUAGAUUUGUGGAAGUUGUACUUGACAUAUGUGAAAGAGACCAAAGCUGGGUUAAGCACGCACAAAGAAAAGCUAGCGCAGGCUUAUGACUUUGCUUUGGAGAAAAUUGGCAUGGAUUUGCAUUCGUUCUCAAUUUGGCAGGACUACAUACAUUUCUUGCGCAGCGUAGAAGCUGUGGGUAGUUAUGCGGAGAAUCAGAAAAUUACCGCAGUGCGUAGAGUGUAUCAGAAAGCCGUGGUUACGCCCAUUGUAGGCAUUGAGCAAUUAUGGAAAGACUAUAUAGCGUUUGAGCAUAACAUAAAUCCCAUAAUAUCGGAGAAAAUGAGUUUGGAGCGUUCAAAGGACUAUAUGAACGCACGUCGUGUUGCCAAGGAACUUGAAAUACUUACUAAAGGCUUAAAUCGUAAUUUACCGGCCGUACCACCAACACUUUCCAAAGAAGAAGUGAAGCAGGUUGACUUAUGGAAGAAAUUCAUUGCAUUCGAAAAAUCAAAUCCUCUACGUACAGAGGACACCGCGCUCAUAACGCGUCGUGUUAUGUUUGCUACGGAGCAAUGCCUGCUGGUGCUCACCCAUCAUCCGGCUGUGUGGCAUCAGGCAGCGCAGUAUUUAGAUCAAAGUGCGCAAGCGUUGGCGGAAAAAGGCGAUACACAAGCUGCUAAAAUCUUCGGCGAUGAAUGCGCCAACAUACUGGAGCGUUCCAUUAACGGCGUCUUGAAUAAAAAUGCGCUGCUCUACUUUGCCUAUGCAGACUUUGAGGAGGGACGCAUGAAGUAUGAUAAAGUGCAUGCUAUGUACAACAAAUUGCUCUCCAUACCGGAUAUUGAUCCAACGCUGGCUUACGUGCAAUAUAUGAAGUUCGCUCGUCGCGCAGAGGGCAUAAAAUCCGCGCGUGCUGUCUUCAAGAAGGGCCGUGAAGAUGUACGCUCACGCUAUCAUGUAUUCGUGGCUGCAGCAUUAAUGGAAUAUUACUGUUCGAAGGAUAAGGAUAUUGCUUUUCGUAUAUUUGAACUCGGUUUGAAACGUUUCGGCGGUAGUCCGGAGUAUGUUAUGUGUUACAUCGAUUAUUUGUCACAUUUGAAUGAGGACAACAAUACGCGUGUGCUGUUCGAGCGCGUGCUGUCGUCGGGUGGUCUUACGCCUGCGCUUAGUGUGGAUGUAUGGAAUCGGUUUUUGGAAUUCGAAUCGAAUAUUGGCGAUUUGUCGAGUAUUGUGAAAGUGGAGCGCCGGCGCAGCGCGGUGCUGGAGAAUCUAAAAGAGUAUGAGGGCAAAGAGACUGCACAGCUGGUGGAUCGCUAUAAAUUUCUGGAUCUUUAUCCCUGCACAAGUGUUGAGCUGCGUUCCAUCGGCUAUACAGAGAAUGUCGGCAUUAUGACAAAUAAAAGCGCCGCCGCCGCUACCGCUGCCAAGCCGGAUGAACCCGAUGUCGAGCAGGUUGUCUCUUUGCCGCGUCCCGAUUUCUCUCAGAUGGUGCCGUACAAGCCGAAAGUGAAUGCACAUCCCGGCGAACAUCCGCUAGCCGGUGGCACCUUUCCACAACCGCCAGCUUUGGCUUCACUGUGCGCACAGCUGCCACCGCCUGUAUCCUUCCGCGGUCCGUUUGUCUCCAUCGAAAUGCUGUUCGACAUCUUCAAUCGCAUUAAGCUGCCAGACGCUGUGCCCCUGCCCGUCGGCGAUCAUGGUUGCGAUACGAAACUCUUCGAUUUGGCGAAAUCGGUGCAUUGGAUUGUCGAUGACAGCGUCUGCACCGGCGAUGCGGGCAGUCUGAAACGGCGACGCAUGCUGCCCGGCGGUGAUGACAGCGAUGAAGAGGGUCAAGCACCAGCGCCACCAGCUAAUGAUAUAUACCGUUUGCGGCAGCAAAAACGCUUCUCCAAAUAAAUAUGUUUUUUCUAAAUAUAAAUAAUAUAAUAUGUGUAUUUUAAGCGCGCGCGUCGCUGCAUAGUGCAUGCAGCAUUUAACGCAAUGUAAAAAACGAGUUUUUCUUUCUGCAAAGAGUUUUAAAGUUUUUAUUUAUUCAUUCACACAUAACGGCAAUAUAAAGGCAUUACAUAUAAUAUUUCAAAACUACAACUAUUGGACGGUAUUUAGUGAGUAUAUGUUAAAUGCUUGCUAAAUUUAAAUUUAAUUUUAAUUUGCUAAAUUAAGUUAUUUUCUUAUCUAACACCUAGGUAAGAGACACUGCUAUUGGCGUGCAAGUUUUCAAAAAUAUACAAUGAACACAAUACAACGAUUAUAAGAAAAAACAACAAUAUUUAUUAGACACAAAAGCUGGUUUUGUCUGCUGCUUGCUGUUGUUGCUGUAGCCAAAGCUGUAAUUUCAAUCAAUCAAAUAACUGCACUUAUUGUAUCAGCGAACACGCAAUUGUUAUAAUUGUUGUAACAGCAAAAAAUACGCCUCCAACGUUUUUGUUGUAUGCUGUUGUGCAGUCAGUAUCUGAAACUGCACAGUAAUCCUCAUCAGCAACAGUUACCAAGCACCAGCAGAUAAGCCUCGCCACAAUGUUUCUACAAAUUCAAAUUAUCAAACACCGGCCAUACGACAGGCCAAAUCACUACUUAACCUCAAAUUAUAAAUUGCUCUAAGUAAGGUGCUAAUAUUAUUAUAUAAUGAACUGAAAAUUAAACGGCUGCUGCAGAUGACUGGAUAAAUUGGGUACAUACGCCAUCUCUAACGGGUUACCAAUAAACCUAUUGACUUGUAAUACCGGUCGCACCACCCACAAAACCACAAUUGGACAUUGAAAAUGCGCCGCCAAGCCCAACUGGAACUCGUUCAUCACGAAACCGAAGAGCAACAGAUCAAAUGAGUUUGCGCUAUUUUCACGCAGAAACUCACGCAUUGUCGGCUGC